GGCCGCCCCGCCAUGACGAGCCUGUUCCGCCGCAGCGGCAGCAACGGCGGCUCCCGCGGCGGCUCCUCCGCCCAGGAGCUCAACAACAGCCGCCCCGCCAGGCAGGUGCGGCGCCUGGAGUUCAACCAGGCCAUGGAGGACUUCAAGACCAUGUUCCCCAGCAUGGACUACGACAUCAUCGAGUGCGUCCUGAGGGCCAACAACGGCGCCGUGGACGCCACCAUCGACCAGCUCCUGCAGAUGAACCUGGACGGCAGCGGCUGCGACGACAGCUCCGACUCGGAGGACAGCAUCCCCCCCGAGAUCUUGGAGCGGACCCUGGAGCCGGACAGCUCGGACGAGGAGCCCCCUCCCGUGUACUCCCCUCCUGCCUACGAGAGCCAGGCCUUGGGCAGCCGCUACCCCCGCGCCCCGCCCACGCCCCCGCCCAGGACAGACGUGCCCUGUCCCAGCAGCACCGUGCACUACAGGAACUGGAACCCACCACUGCUGGGCAACCUCCCCGAGGACUUCCUGCGCAUCCUGCCCCAGCAGACUGCCCCAGCUGGCACACAGGGCUCCCCGCGCUGCCGGCAGCCCGUGCCCCGCGGCCAGGGCUCGCUGGAGCAGGAGCGCCGCUGGAAGCAGUACCUGGAGGACGAGCGCAUCGCCCUCUUCCUGCAGAACGAAGAGUUCAUGAAGGAGCUCCAGAGGAACCGGGACUUCCUGCUCGCCCUGGAGAGAGAUCGAUUGAAAUAUGAGUCAAAAAAAUCCAAGUCGACUGGUGUUGCUGUCAGCAACGACUUUGGUUUCUCCUCAGUAUUAUCAGGUGAGGGAGCUCCCUCUGCAGCCAGCGAGGCCGGCGGGGCCGUGUCCGACGAUGCCUUAUUCCGAGACAAGCUCAAGCACAUGGGCAAAUCCACGCGCAAGAAGCUGUUUGAACUCGCCAGAGCCUUCUCCGAGAAGACAAAGAUGAGGAAAUCAAAAAGAAAACACUUGUUGAAGCACCAGGUGAUGGGGACAGCAGCCUCCACAGCAAAUCUUCUGGAUGACGUGGAAGGACAUGCAUAUGAUGAAGAGUUCCAGGCACGGCGGCAGCAGCUCCGGGAGGAGGAGGAGACGCCGAAGGAGGGGCAGUAAACGGUCCCAGCUCUGGGGUUCCUUGCUGGCACAGGACGUGCACGAGGCUUCAUCAGGAGAUGGCUGCAAAAGGAAAAACCCACCCAACAAACCACCCAGAUUUUGGCUGUUCCCCCUCUGCUGCUGUACUCCUCUGAAGUACAAGUAUCGAAGUGAGGCACAGCGUUUUCUUACCAAUGGUUUGAAGACGACUUUUCCUAUCGAGAAAAUCAGCCAAAAAGGAAAAAAAAAAAAGGCA